GACAUGGCUGACAGUAUCAACGAGUCCAGCGGUGCUCCUGUCAACAACCCAAACAAGGCACCCGCAAUUACAAGAUCAACAAGAGAUUUACCUCCAGCUCAUUUUUCACUUAAGAUAGAGUCAUACUCUUUACUGUCCCAGGCUGUGCUGGAAAAGUUUGAGUCCUGUGUUUUUGAAGCUUGCCAGCAUAAAUGGAGGUUGUAUCUCUAUCCAAGAGGAAAGGCGAAAAUCAUUGGGACUGGUCACAUCUCCCUUUACCUGGCAAUUGCAGAGACAGAAAAACUUCCUCUCGGUUGGGAGGUUAAUGCUAGCUUCAAGUUUUUCUUGUAUGAUCAGAUUCGGGACAUGUACUUGACCAUUCAAGAUUCUUAUGGGACAAUUAGAAGAUUCAAUGACAUAAAGACUGAAUGGGGCUUUGCCAAAGUUCUUCCCUCUGACACUUUCAAUGAUCCGUCUCAAGGAUACCUUGUCAAUGACUGUUGUGUAUUUGGCGUAGAGGUUUCUGUUUAUGAGCGAAGUAACAAACGACAGUUUGUUUCCAUGAUUAGAGAACCCCCAGACCGUACUAUGACUUGGAAGAUUGAAAAAUUUUCAACACUAGAUAAAAGUUAUUACUAUUCUCAAGAAUUCACUGUUGGAGGUUUAAAAUGGAAGUUACUGGUCUAUCCUAAAGGAGGUACUAAUCAAAUACCCGAAGCGAUAUCCAUCUACGUCAAUUCAUGCGACAGUAUUCUAUCUGAGCACAGCAUUUAUGCAGAAUAUAAGCUACGAAUAAGGAACCAAGUCCAAAAUAAUCACAAGGAAAUACAAGAUAAACAAUGGUUUUCUAAGUCAGAUAACGCCUGGGGGCUUCGACAAUUUAUGUUUCUGAAUGACCUCAAUGAUGCAUUUAAGGGGUUCCUUGUGAAUGAUACUAUAAUUGUAGAAGCAGAAAUUAUUGUUAUGUCUACUGUUAAGUAGAUCCUAAUUAGUAACAGUUCAUAUCUUGGAACCACAUUUGGUUUUAAUUUGGGAAUAUCAU